GGGAGCGCCCCGGCGGCCGGCGGCGCCCGCUGGUUGUCAGGGUAACCGCGCCUGUGCCUCGGAAGAAAUUCUGUCCAGGGUUUGUACCCGAUUUCCCGCGCAGUUGGCCGUGCCAUUCAACAGUGCGAGGGCCUGGAGUCGGCCCGGCCAUCGACUGGCUUUGCGGCCUCGGCCUUUGUGACCUGCAGGUCCUCUUCUCAACUGGGGACCAUGAUAGUAGUAGCUUCUUAAUAGUGUCUCGCGAGGACUGAGUGAAAAUGUGAUGACUGGCCGUAGUAAGUGCUCGCAAAGUGUUCGCAUCACCGUCUCUCUUGAAAAAGGUGGGAAAGCAGGAUAGAGAAAUGCAGGCUACUGGUUUGGUCUUCAGGGCGAGAGGCGGGACCCCAAGGGGCUAGAAAGCCGCCCCCACCUGGCGUCCACCCCAACCUGGGCUCGCGGGGCGCGGCGCGCGCAGCGGCGGACUCCUGGCCUUUGGGGACAAGGUCACGAGCGGGCGGCAGAGGAGCUGGGACAUGGCUCGGUGGGCUCGGCCUGCUCUUUCCGCCUUCAGGCCCUGGGGCCCGGCAGGGUGGAGGAGUCUCUAUACUGAAGUCACAGAUGUCCUGGGGGAGGGUCAUCAAGGGCCUUCUCCUGGAAGAACGGACAUGGUGGCCACCAGUCUUUGGGGUGUGAAAAAGGCGCCCUGUGCAGUGGAGCUGGCAGUCCUGAACUCUGGCAUUACAGGUGGAAGAAGACCCAUAUCUUUUUCUGCUAGUGCCUCAAGCAUCUUUGGAAGCGGAGGCAACAGUAAGAAGGAGAAGCUUCUUCUGCAGGAUAUAGCGGAGCUGAUCCAAGCCAGAGCCUGCCAGAGGGUGGUGGUCAUGGUGGGGGCCGGCAUCAGCACGCCCAGCGGCAUUCCGGACUUCAGGUCUCCCAGGAGUGGCCUCUACAGCAACCUGCAGCAGUACGACCUCCCCUACCCUGAGGCCAUUUUUGAGCUCACUUUCUUCUCUCACAACCCCAAGCCCUUUUUCACUUUGGCCAAGGAGCUGUACCUCAGGAGCUACAGGCCCAACGUCAUACACUACUUCCUGCGACUGCUUCACGACAAGGGGCUGCUUCUGCGGCUCUACACACAGAACAUCGAUGGGCUCGAGAGAGUAUCUGGCAUCCCUGCCUCAAAGCUGGUUGAAGCUCAUGGAUCCUUUGCCUCUGCCACGUGCACUGUCUGCCGAAGGCCCUUUCCAGGGAAGGACAUUUGGGCUGAUGUGACCGUGGACAGGAUCCCCCGCUGCCCGGUCUGCACUGGCGUUGUGAAGCCCGACAUCGUCUUCUUUGGGGAGGCACUUCCCCAGAGAUUCCUGAUGCAUGUGGUUGAUUUCCCCAUGGCAGAUCUGCUGCUCAUCCUCGGGACCUCCCUGGAGGUAGAGCCUUUUGCCAGCUUGUCUGAGGCCGUGCAGAGCUCAGUGCCCCGACUGCUCAUCAACCGGGACUUGGUGGGGCCCUUUGCUUGGCGUCCUCGCAGCAGGGAUGUGGUCCAGCUGGGGGAUGUGGUUCACGGCGUGGAGAGGCUGGUGGAGCUUCUGGGCUGGACAGAAGAGUUGCAGGACCUCAUCCAGCAGGAAACGGAAAAGCUUAACAGACGGGACAGAUAAGAGUGAUGCCUGGUCCCCGCCCUCCCCACCCCACCCUGGACCAGAAAUGGUUCCAAGGAGUCACUGCCCACCUCUGAGAAAAGUUUUGGCUGAGUCGGAACCUGUGGCCUGAGGAAGAGUAUGAGGCUGCCUGGGUCCUGAGCUCUGUGCUGACGGAUCAUGUCAUGCUUACGCUGCGGGCCAUCCCAGUCACGGGCACCAAGCUGCCCAGCGCCUUUCUGCUGUUUGACUCUUCAGUCUGCUGAAGCUCUUGAUGCCGAACAAAAGCUUUCUCCUGACAGUGACCCUCUGGAACUCCAGCGGACCAACGGGAGGCCCAGACUGGAUCUGCUCUGUGUCUGGGUCUCCAUCUGAAGGGCAGGCUCAGCAUCUGUCCGUUAGAAAAACCGUCUCGGGUGGAGUGGCCACAGCCACUCCCAAGGCAUGGUCCUGGGCCCCACGUAAUAGGAUAGGGUCCUGUAGCAUGUUGGCCUCCUUAGUAGGGUUAUUUUUAAUUAGAGAAACUUUGUUCUUCAUUUCUGGCAUGAAAUAAACUCUUUGGUCUCCUUAAA